AUGAAGGACUCAUUUGUCCUUGAAGAUGUGACUAUAAAGUUUACCCUGGAGGAGUGGGCUUUACUAAAUCCUUCACAGAAAAAACUCUACAGAGAUGUGAUGUGGGAAACCUCCAGGAACCUGGCCUCCAUAGGUAAAAAAUGGGAAGAUCAUAACAUUGAAGAUCAGAACAAAAACCAAGGGAGAAAACGAAGAAUUCUUGUGUUAAAGAAAAUCUGUGAAAGGGAAGAGGUUAGUCCACGUGGAGAAAAUGUCAGAUUUACUCCAAAUCUCAACCUGAACAAGGAAUCUCUUCCUGGAGUAAAACCAGAUGAAUACAGCAUAUGUGAGAAAGUCUUCACAGAUCGUUCAUCUUUGAAUAGGCACACUGGACGUCACACUGGACACAAGCUCUCUGAGUAUCAGAAAUAUAGAGAGAAGCCAUAUAAAUGUAACAUAUGUAGUCAAGUUUUUAGUUCCCUUCGAUGUAUUGAAAACCAUGAAAGAACUCACAACGAAGAGAAAACCUAUAAAUGUAAAAAGUGUGGAAAAGCCUUUAUGGGGCUCACAUUGCUUCAAGGACACAUGAUCACACAUACUGCAGAUGCUCCUCAUAAAUGUAAGGUACGUGGGAAAACCUCUAGUUCUUCAACUUCUCUUCAGACAUGUGACCGAGUCCACCCUGGAGAGAAGCCCUAUCAAUGCAAACACUGUGGAAAAACCUUCAUGAACUAUCGAAGUUUUCGAAGACAUGAAAAAAGUCACACUGAAGAGAAACGCUAUAAAUGUACAUUAUGUGGGAAGGCCUUCAGAUACCGCAGUUCCUUAGAACCACACAAAUGGACUCACACAGCAGAAAAACCCCAUGAAUGUAAGGAAUGUGGAAGAGCUUUCAAACAAAACAGUUCCUUACAAAGACACCAAGAGACUCACACAGGACGGAAAUCCUAUGAAUGUAAACAUUGUGGUAAAACCUACAGUUAUCACAGCUCCCUUAGAGUACACAUGAAAAUACUCGCUGGAAAUACUCCUUAUCAGUGUAAGGAAUGUGGAAAAUCAUUCCCUCGCCGUAGUUGGUAUCAAAGACAUGAAAGAAGUCACACUGGAGAGAAACCCUAUGAAUGUAAACAAUGUGGUAAAACCUAUAGAGAUUAUAGUUCCUUACGAAUACACCAAAGAAAUCAUACUGGAGUGAAGCCAUUUAAAUGCAAGGAAUGUAAAAAAGCCUUCACUUGUAACAAAAUUCUUCAGUUACAUUUGAGAGUGCACACUGGAGAGAAACCAUAUAAAUGUGAAGAAUGUGGGAAAGCCUAUUCUGAUCACUAUUCUUUUCAAAGGCAUAAGAGGACUCAUUGA